GGGGGAAACAGAAAAAUGCUGGGCAAUGUUUAAUUCCCACAUUUAUUUAUUCGCCCCCGUUCCCGUGUGUGUCCGUGAGGCUUUCGCAGUUUUCAGUGCAACUUCCUCUCCCAGUCAUCGGUGAGUGUUGCCUGUCGUCAGCCUCACAGCCCGCAGAGGAGGGCUGACGCUGUCACACAGCCGCUGAACUUCCCGUCAAGACAAGGCGAGAGGAGCUGCUGCCGCUCACAAAAAAGGGGAACGACAACGGGGUUUGUCAAGAGGAGAGGACGCAGUCUACAAGGCUCCUGGGCAGAGAAACGGUGCCAUUGUCCUCCAGCUGAGGGCGAGCAGAGACAGGUCUGGUGCUCUGCUAAUUAGCCUGCGUGGGUCCUUGCAGAGAGAGAGACAGCGCAGCUAGCUGCAGCACACAGCGGCUUGCACAGGGUGUGAGUGACUGGGGGCUUCUUUUAGUCACAAUCGGGACAUUUAGCUGACAAACUGGUGUUAGGUUUACUGAUGGGGUCCUUUACCCGAUAGUCAUCCGUCCCUCCCUCUACCCCCCGUCGGACCCUGGCUCGGAUUCGCCAGUCGGGCGCUGUCCUCGCCGGGGGGUGCCGGAUCACCAUCGCCCGGUCCAGCUAGCUCCAGGCGGCGGUUCGGUCCCCCUGACCCCUGCGCUGCCUCGCCUGUCUGCCGCUCUGGCCGACCCUAGCCGAGCCCGAACAUGGCAGGGAACCUGAAGAAAGGCGGGGGGCUCAUCGGAAUGAUGAAGGAUGCCUUCCAGCCACACCAUCACCACCUCCACUCCCAUCACCAGCCCGGGGCCGUGGACAAAAAGACGGUGGAGAAAUGCUGGAAGCUGAUGGAUAAGGUGGUGCGCCUGUGCCAAAACCCCAAAUUGGCCCUGAAGAACAGCCCCCCUUACAUCCUGGACCUGCUGCCAGACACCUACCAGCACCUGCGCACCAUCUUGUCUCGCUAUGAGGGCAAAAUGGAGACUUUAGGGGACAACGAGUACUUCCGGGUCUUCAUGGAGAACCUCACAAAGAAGACGAAGCAGACCAUCAGCUUGUUUAAGGAGGGCAAGGAACGCAUGUAUGAGGAGAACUCACAACCCAGGCGGAACCUCACGAAGCUGUCGUUGAUCUUCAGCCACAUGCUGGCUGAGCUGAAGGCCAUCUUCCCCAAUGGUUUGUUUCAGGGUGACAACUUCCGCAUCACGAAGGCAGAUGCUGCAGACUUCUGGAGGCGCGCCUUUGGGGACAAGACCAUUGUGCCUUGGAAGGUGUUCCGUCAGUCUCUCCAUGAGUUUCAUCCCAUCAGCUCCGGACUAGAGGCCAUGGCCCUCAAGUCCACCAUAGACCUCACCUGCAACGACUACAUCUCUGUCUUUGAGUUUGACAUCUUCACCAGGCUAUUCCAGCCAUGGUCGUCCCUGCUGCGGAACUGGAACAGCUUGGCAGUUACUCACCCGGGGUACAUGGCCUUCCUCACCUACGAUGAGGUCAAAGCUCGGCUGCAGAAGUUCAUCCACAAGCCUGGCAGUUACAUCUUCCGACUUAGCUGUACACGGUUGGGCCAGUGGGCCAUCGGCUACGUGACAGCAGAUGGAAACAUACUCCAGACCAUUCCCCACAACAAACCCCUCUUCCAGGCCCUCAUUGAUGGCUUCAGGGAAGGAUUCUAUUUAUUCCCUGAUGGCCGGACCCAAAACCCAGACCUGACAGGACUGUGUGAGCCUUCGCCUCAAGACCACAUCAAAGUCACACAGGAGCAAUAUGAGCUGUACUGUGAGAUGGGCUCCACUUUCCAGCUGUGUAAGAUCUGUGCCGAGAAUGACAAGGAUGUGAAGAUCGAGCCCUGCGGUCAUCUCAUGUGCACCUCCUGUCUCACUGCCUGGCAGGAAUCAGAGGGUCAGGGAACGGGAUGUCCCUUCUGUCGCUGUGAGAUUAAGGGUACGGAGCCCAUCGUUGUGGAUCCUUUUGACCCCAAGGACCCCAAGGAUAGCAGUGGGGGCUCCUGCAGGCCCACAUUUGGGGCUGAGGGUGCUCCCUCACCCAGCUAUGACGAUGAUGAUGAUGACAGACUUGAAGACCCCCACCUCAUGAUGAGCAAACUUGCCUGUGCAAAGGUGGAGCGCCCCCCGUCACCCUUGUCCAUGGCUCCUCAGUCCUCUCUUCCCCCUGUGCCGCCCAGACUAGACCUGCUACCACACAGACCUUCCAACCCCCCUGGUGCCUCCAGCCCUGGGGUCACCACUAAGGCAGCAUCUCAUCACAAAGACAAGCCUCUCCCCCUUCCCCCAGCGCUGAGGGAUCUCCCCCCUCCUCCUCCCCCAGAUCGCCCCCACCCAGCCGGAGCCGCCCCCGACGGACGGCUGCAGAGACGGCCAUUACCCUGCACUCCUGGGGAGCCACCUCGAGAUAAGCUCCCUCCUGCACCCCCAAACCGUCCCCUGACUGACUGGAACUCCCGGCCUGUUCCCAAGGCGCCCACCUCCUCCUCCUCCUCCUCAUCCUCCUCAUCUUCCUCAUGCACCCAAGUAUCCAGUCUUGGAGGGGACAUCCGAGCAGGUGUCAAGGAACUGUCCAACCGGCACUCCCUCCCGUUGGCGCUGCCGUCCGCACUGGACACACGCUCAGACUCGCAGAAGAACAACAGCUCCCUCAGUCUGGACCACCAGCUGAAUUUUGCAGCUAUAGCCAGUCAAGAUUAUGACAACCCCAAAGUCAAGCCCUCAUCCUCAGCCAACGCCAUCUAUUCACUGGCAGUUAGACCUUCUCCAGCUCUGAGGCCGGCGACAGGAGAGGAGGCACGUGACAGUGAGGAGGAGUCAGAGUACAUGAUCCCCUCCUCUCGCCCUGUCCUGCCCCCCAUCACGGCACCACCAGUAGGGGAGACCCCACCAGUCCCGAGGCACCCACAGCCACAGUCUCUGUCGGCACUCCAGACGCAGACCCAAGCCUCCACACUCAACUCACGGCUCACACUGGCUGACCUAGAGGAUGGACCACAAAUGUAUGAAGCCAUGUAUAACAUCCAGUCCAGAUCACAACAAGCCAGAGAUUCAGACUACUCAGAGCUGCCCCCUCUAGCGAUGACCAAUGGUCCCAGAGACCAUGCAGCCGAGGACAGGGAAGAGGAGGAAAAUGGCUACGACUUCCCGAAACCCUGGCUGCCCAUGCCCCCCGCCCGACGGACCCUUUCAGAACUUGGUGGUUCGUCUUCCUCCUCUUCAUCAUCCUCAUCGUGCUCAUCCUCCACUGCUGCUUUCAGUCGCUUUUCACUAGAUUCGGACGCUGGAGCUGCAGCACCCUUCUCAGAGCCGGUGGAAGCGCCAGAGAGACCACCAAAGCCCCUGCCCAGACGAAUCAACUCGGAGCGCCGCCCCAGCCCCGUCCCGCCCGUCCCUGCUCCACCCAGCAGUGGGGCAACAGGAGGAGAAGCCAACCCUCAAAUCAGUAGCGAGAUCGAGCACCUCAUGAGUCAGGGAUACUCUUAUCAGGACAUCCAGAAAGCACUGAUGAUUGCACAGAACAAUAUCGAAAUGGCCAAGAAUAUCCUGCGCGAGUUUGUCUCCAUUCCCUCCACCGCGCAUGUUCUUACAUAGCACACUCCUUGUGCCUCUCUCUCGUGUUUGCUCUCUUGCCCUAGCUUGGCCCAGCCUGGUUGGGUUUAGGUUGGCACGGCCCAGCCCAAAGCCCAAAGCCCAUUGCCUGCAGCACUACCUCCGGUGCUGGCUGACGCCCUACGCCCCUGUGGAUUUUACUCCAGCGAGCUCACAGCAUCCCUGGGGCUCCGCGCCCUGCACUCCAUGCGCUUUCAACAGUGUCUCUCCUCCUUUGAACUGUUACAGCAGGACAUCUCCACGGGACUGACCGAGCGCAUGCGGAAACAGUGACGGGACGCCACGAGACGCGAGACGUUCACAGUAAUCCUGAGGAAGACAGAUUCUGACCUUUCAUGUUGAAGCCUCUUGCUGAAAAUGUAACCAACACCUCACAAAUAAAACUAAAAAUGUAUGUCUAUAUGAAAAUUUAAUAUAUGAGUAAAUAUUAAAUGUGUGUAAUAUAUACAGUACGUGCAUAUACAGUAUGUAAAAAUGAUUUCAGCUUUGAGGGUCGCUGUUGGUACAAGCGAUAUGGGUAGACAGGGACCAGAUUAAAGGGGGGUGUGGCCCUUUCUGGCGGACUGAGGAAUGUGCGGAAACACAUGCGAGGAAGAGGAAUAGUCGAGGUGUCUUCCUCACCGGGAUGUGUCGGUCAGCAGCAGCUUAGACAUGAUGAAUUCAGUCUGUUAUGGCCUUCGAUUAACAACGUUGCUUUGGUACUUUUUUGUUUGUUUCCUUGUUUUUUUUAUUUUAGAAAAACAUGCUCGUUUUGUCGUGUUGUAUUUUUCAAAGUAGCAUGACGAUGGUUUUAGGUCUGGACUGUUGUCUGGCAGCGUGUGUCUAUAUAUAUGUGUGUGCGUGUAUGUGAGCAUGCGUGCGUGUCUGCCAGACUCUCCUCCUCAUGACCUGCUCUUAAAUGAACCCCUGUUCCUGUACAACAUGAAUGUGGAAUUCCAGUCAGUGAACUCAGACUCGUGCUCUGUAAACGUACUACUGCUCUAACUCAAAUGGCAGGGCCUAGUGUAGCUGUAGAGCCUGGCAGUGAGAUUAUUAGAGGACGUGCUAAUGUUGACGACCCUGCAGUAUCAGACAGGCUAGUGUUGUGUGCUCCGUGGUGGCUGAAACGUUUCCGUUCUGUCUUCGUCUAACGUCAUUGGCUGACUGGUUCGGAUUUCUGUCUCCAGCGCAGUCCAGUGUUAUGAAACAAAAAAAAGUCUUUGAUUUACUUUGGUAAUAUAUUAUUGUAAUAUGAUCAUAAAUAUUGUUAUUAUAAUUAAUUCAGAAGUGCUUCACUGCUGCUACUGUUGUUAGUGCUAAACAAUUACGCCUUAAAUGUACAUUUGUGAAUAUUGUGUUUAACCGUCAUCCUGUUUCUUUAAAGUGACAGUAUCACCCGUGUUCCUCCAGUCCGUGAUGUAGCAUACUUGAAAGUACAAGCGGCUUGUGAGCCUGCAGCCCCCUCGAGCUGUCGACUCUUCAGUGUUUUAAACCUUUUGUUUUUUACAGAUAUAUUCUCUAUGAUUAUCUACAGGUAGACUCUGUAUAGCACCAGUGAUAAAGCAAACAAAAUGCUUUUGGUAUGGAAACCAGCCAUUUUGUAACAGAUUCAAGUUUCUCUCUGAUUUCCUUUCUCCACGAGAGUUCACCCCACUGAAGAGGAGUGAUUGCUGAGGCUUUUUUUUUUUUUUUUUUUUUUUAAGAAAAAGUAAGUAGGCUCAUGGGUUUGCUGGCCCACCCCCAAGUCUACAUUAAAAUCAGUAUUUGGGCCAACUGUAAUAACUAACUCAGGAAUUGUGUUUAUCUAAACAAGUGGCGUUGACCCUGGCUGUCAAAAACCAGAGCAGACUCACCUGCCGUCUCUUCGUCCAGGUGACAUGUAGCCAAAAGUAUCCGCAUAAUGAAGUCACACAAGUAGCCUAUUGCCUUUUUUUUUUUUUUUUUAAUCACACUUGCACAUUUUUCGUAUUAUUUCUGAUGUUCGCAGGACUAGAGACAGCAGCUUCAUUUCCAGGUACUAUGAAUGAAUAAGACAAACAAAUGCAAGGAGCUUUUAGGUACAUUGACUUGAACUUCUCCCAGCAUAUGAAGAAGAAUGUUUUUGCUUGUUUGUUUUUAGGGUCUAAAUCAUGUCACUAGCUAAUCAGCCCUAGCUUAUUCUGGGUAACGCUGUCUGUUGACUGGAAGCUAUCUGCGCGCUGUUUGGCCAUCCUCUAGUUCUUUCUCUUUUUCUGUUCCUAGUUGCCUUGAGAAACUUCUUGAAUGAUGGGUAAUGGACGGGGAGGUCCCCAAUCCUCAAUACUGUACCAAUGUUUUGUUGAUGUUUCGAGGACAGCAUGUCAUUGUAUUAUUUACCAUUUUAAUUUUGUUUUCGCACAGUAUACCAAUUUGUGCUUUGAUACUGUCACUCUAAAGAAAAACAAAUUGUAUAAAGUUAGUGAUAUGAAAAGAAAAAAAAUGGCUGUUUUAUUUCAUUUUGCAUUCCUGUACAUGUAUUUUGUUCCAAAGGUUUUGUUUACUUGUGUGAAUAAUUCAGUAAGCAGUGCCAUAUGUUUAGAGACCCUCACCAUGUUUAGAAUAAGGCCUUGUGUUUGAAGAGAGCUUGCAGGUAUUGAUCUGUACCUGCUGAUCUCUGAAGGCAAGAUUGUGCAGUAUUGCUUGUAUUAAUAUGUCCUCUCUGCCUUGUUGGCCGCAUCAGGCCUCAUCUGAGUGCUGAUCUGUAAAAGGUCUCAAGAUAAACCAGGUCCCAGAUCAGUGCCAGCCUCAGAGAUGCCAGAUGCGCACCAGCGCCCCCGCCCCCCCCCCCCAAAUCCCCUGUUACCCUCACUCCCUGUGUUGGGGUACUUCAACUUUCUGCCAGAAGAGGGAGCCGUUGUUCCAUGUAGACGUGUCGCUUCUCGUCGGUAAAAAGGCAUUCAUUAACUUUUUGAUGGUUUUUAAAGCUCAUAUCACUUUGGAAGUAUGCACAGUGCUGUUAAUAAAAUGAUAAGCAAAAGCCAUCGCUCUUCUCUACACACACGCUCAAACAUGUUUAUCUUGUAGGUGCCAGUACACUGACAAAUCUCACAUGCAGACGAAGUUCAGAAGCAACAUUUACAAACCUGUGAGGUGAGAGGUAAAAACCAUUUCCUAUACAGCAUAUCUUAAAAUCAGGAUACACAUUCCAUUAUUGAUUACACGGUCGUCUGAUAGACUUUGAAGUUGAAUUAAUUUAUUCAUUUAGUCUGGACAGGUGUCAAAACACAUUUUUCAAAUACCAAGCUUUAGUCCAGAGACCUCAUCGAUGUACUGUCUCCAUAGAGACUGACCUUUUAAUGCAUUAAUAAUGUGAAAUUGAAAAACAUUAUGACAGCUAUGCUAAGGUGGAGUUUGGAUUGCAGAGGUUUAAAUGGAUCAGUAUCCACUGUGAUACAGACUCUUUUCACAGCAGACUUUUUGACUUGUUGAAGCAGGAAAAGCACACUGGAUCCAGGGCCCAGGUCUCAUGCACCCUCACUCACUAACAUCGCUCUCUGGGACGCUUGACGGAGCCAUCAUUAAUCUUAUUAUUUACAGCUGUGCUUUUUCUGCUUGGACAAGUCAAAAUGUCUGCUGUGAAGAGGAUCUAUCGAAGUCGGGCAGGAGAGGAGAGAAACUGGAUUAUAAAUUAGCGUGAAAGCAGCAUGAAGGCACAGAUCUGAUGAAACUCUAGGUUUUCAAAAUGAACUAAGUGUGCUUGACAGUAGCAGGAUGAGGACUUUGCCGAGCGGUCAGAACUGCAGACAGGUUCAAUACUUCAGUGCUAUUUCUGCCUCUGCUUUGUAGCCUAUAGUCUCAAAAGUUCACUAAUGCAUUUGGUGACUGCAUUAAAAACCAAAAUCUGAUUUGACUGCCUGGCCAGUUGAUCAAAUCUGCAUCAUAUCUGAUCCAUUUAUAAAACUCCUCAGUAACUUAA